AUGUCAAACAAAUUAACUGGUCAAGAAGAUUAUGAUUACUUAUAUAAAAUCGUGCUCAUUGGAGACAGUGGUGUCGGAAAGAGUAACCUAUUAUCUAGAUUCACUCGUAAUGAAUUCAACCUUGAAACAAAAUCUACCAUUGGUGUAGAGUUUGCCACUAGAACCAUUGUAACAGAAGGAAAAACUAUCAAAGCUCAAAUUUGGGAUACAGCUGGUCAAGAAAGAUAUAGAGCUAUUACAUCAGCAUACUAUCGUGGUGCUGUUGGUGCUUUACUUGUUUACGAUAUCGCAAAGCAAGCAACUUACAAGAGUGUAGAGAGAUGGUUGACAGAGCUUCGUGAGAAUGCAGAUCGUAAUUUCGAUAUUGAAAUUAUGUUGGUUGGAAAUAAGAGUGAUUUGAGACAUUUGCGUGAGGUCUCCACAGACGAAGCUAAAGAAUUUGCAGAGAAACACAAGUUAUUAUUUAUUGAGACAUCAGCUCUUGACUCUAGCAAUGUAGAUGUUGCAUUCCAAACUAUUUUAACACAAAUUUGUCAUUCAAUGAGCCGUCCAACUCCAAUCGGUGCUCCAUCAGGCCACGACGAUAACUCACCUAGUAUCGGUACACCAGUUGACAUUUCAAGUGAUACUAAAAAGCCCAACCAAGGAAACAACUGUGCCUGUUAA